AUGGUGAUGUCGCGCCGCCAGGCUUUCAAGGACAAGCUUCGUGCUUCGUCGAAUACCCUCCGCGUGCAGACCAAGCACCUCGGCUGGAGGCUCAAGAGCAAGGCCGGAGACGUGAUCCGCGCUGUCUGCAACGCGGGGUCUGUGGCUGCCACUGCGGCUGUUCCCAUGCCGUUCAUGCCCAUGGCGCCGAUGGCCCCCAUGCCCGCCAUGCCCGCGCGUGGGCCGCGCAACCCCCUUCCCGACUUCCGCUUCCCGCGCGAAGUUUAUCGCACUGAGCACCUGGUUCAGGUCCCUAGCGGUGAAAAUAAUGAGACCAAUAGCUUCGAAUACACUCCCAGCCUCCUCUAUGACGAGGAUGCUGCAGAGAGCAAUACGACGGAAGCCACCAACUCUCCCGGCCAUCCCGAGUCUCCCGGCAGUCCUCUGAGCUCUGAGGAGAAGAUCGGCCAGAAGCUGAUCAAGGUCGCCGCCGCCCGAGAUGCCCAGGCCACCGACAAGCCUCGGCUCCAGGUCCGCGUCCGGAGCGGCUCCUCAACCACUCGCAGCGGAUCCUUGGCUACCCGCAGCCGGACUGUCACUCCCACGACACCUGUCACGCCUACCACUCCCAUGGCUCUGACAUUCAGCGCCGUGAUAGUCACCUUCGAGUAUGCGCCCAUCGAGGCAAGCUCCGAGGUCACUGCCCACGACAAGCAGCUGGGCAAGCCUCACCGCACAGGCCGGAUCUUCAACAAGGAAGACAUCGCCCUCAUGGAGCAGAUCAUGGCCCAUGAGGCAUAUCUGGCGCGAUGGGCAUCGCCCGAGGGAGACGAUGGCUCCGAGCCCGACCUGGAGGGUUUUGACGCCAACGACAUUGAGGAGGUCUUUGGAUCUGCGGUCGGCUACGACAACCGGGAUGAGUACUACGACGAGAUCAGGAAGUACCUGACCCCAUCGCCGGACUCGCAGGAGGAGGCCGACAGUUACUCCACUGGCGAGGGCGAUGAGGACAUGGUCAUGAGGGAGACAGCUCUGAGCCUGCCGACCAACGGCAGCACCGCCAAGCCCGGCGCCGACAACACGGUUGGCAUUCUGGACACCAUCUUGGAGGCCGACUUCGAGGGCUCGGAGGCAUCCCUUCUCGAGGCCGCCCUAGAGAUCGCCGCCUAG